AUGGUCUACGUUCGCCAGAGCAAGCUGCCCGCACUCAAAGAGUACAAGUACUCGUCGGUCGACCGGUCGCUCACGUCCAAAUACAUCCUCAAGCCCUUCUACACAAAUGUCGUCAUCAAGCUGUUCCCCAUGUGGAUGGCGCCCAACCUCAUCACCCUGACGGGCUUCCUCUUCGUCAUUGCAAACUUCCUCACCAUGCUCUGGUACAACCCGACGCUUGACCAGGACUGCCCGACCUGGGUCUACUACUCGUGGGCUGUCGGCCUGUUCCUCUACCAGACCUUUGAUGCGGUCGACGGCUCCCAGGCGCGCCGAACCGGCCAGUCAGGACCCCUCGGCGAGCUGUUUGACCACGGUGUCGAUGCCCUCAACACCAGCUUGGAGGUGCUCAUCUUUGCGGCUUCGCAGAACAUGGGUAUGGGAUGGAAGACGGUCGCCGUCCUGUUUGCUUCCCUCUUGACCUUUUACGUGCAGACCUGGGACGAAUACCACACCAAGACGCUCACCCUCGGCAUUGUCAACGGUCCUGUUGAGGGCGUCCUCAUGAUGGUCGCCGUCUACGCUUUGACUGGAUACCUCGGCGGCGCGCACGUCUGGGAGCAGAGCUUGUUUGCAGUCGUUGGUGUGCCCACCAACAUUGGCAUCCCUAGCUACAUCUACAACUUGUCCAUUACCGAGUGGUACCUGGUGCAGGGCUCCAUUGUGCUGGUUCUCAACACGCUCGAGUCGUCGGCUAAUGUGAUUCGCGCGCGCCGCGCUCGUGGCGACAAGUCCCGCGGCGCCCUUCUCGGCCUUUUGCCCUUCUUUGGCGUCUGGGCCUUUGUCAUUGCGUACCUCAAGAUCAACCCCAACAUCUUGCACAACCACCUGGUCCCCUUUACGCUCUUUGCCGGCCUCGUCAACGCCUACAGCGUCGGUCAGAUGAUCACGGCCCACCUUGUCAAGAUGCGCUUCCCAUACUUCAACGUGCUCGGCCUCCUGCUCGUCUUUGGCGUGGGUGACUCGCUCGGCCCCAUCCUCCAGGCCCAGUUCGGUCUCGGCUGGCCUAGCGCCCUCGGCGACGGCCAGUACCAGGUUGCUUACGUCUUCUUGAUGCUUGGCGUCGCCAUUGGUGUCUACGGCAGCUUUGUCGUCGACGUCAUUGUCACCAUCUGCGACUACCUCGACAUCUGGUGCCUUACCAUCAAGCACCCCAAGAUUCCUGGUGAAGAGAAGAAGUCGCAAUAA